AUGUUGAAUUUAAUUGGAACGAUGGAUCCAGAUACAGAAGCUGCCAUUGUUCAUUUCAGACCUGAUCCGUGGAUCAAUUCCCUCAUUUCUUCAAAGGACUACACACCGAUCUCAACAGAAGCACGCAGCCCAAAGCCUAACGGCGAAGACAAUUUCUUCUCCAGAACAACAAAAACCGAGAACACGAUUCCACAUGUCUUAACCCUUCAACGGCGAGACGUUUCUCUACCACCAUCCAAAGUCCCAACCUGGCUUCCUGCAACGAAGCAAGAUGUUGCGGCGGCCAAGGCAAACCCGACUCCAAGCGCAACACCGCCUGAUGUUCUCAUGAUUUUUGCGCUCCAAGAUGGAGUACUCGGUCGUCCGGAGACGACUCAUGGUGGAAUUACGGCCACCUUGAUUGAUCAGGCUAUGUUCAAUGCUAUUGCGGCGCAUACCAGCCAACUACCGAGAUCUGGCGAUCCGGUUACUGUUCAAUUAGAUGUGCGGUAUAAAGGGCAGGUGACGACGCCUGGAGUCUUGGUUAUUCGUUCAAGGGUUGUUGCGCGUGAUGGAAAGAAGUUUUGGGUGCGAGCGCAAGCUAUUCAAGAAGAUGAUGACUCUGGUGGUCAUUUAGAGUGGACGAAACGGGAGAAGGUCAAGGCUGAUGCUAUGGGUUUCUGGAUUCUCACGCCAGCUGAAAAGUUGUAA